AUGAACGGCUUUAAUUCGUUCUUCGGCCCGACUAAUUCGGUACCACGUAAUCCGUACAAUGAUCAUUCGCAAUCUCGACGAUCUCGUAGGACAAUGAUCAAUCGCUUUUACGUGCUCGUGGGAACCAUUGUAGUGUUUGCGUUCUUUGUAGGCUAUCAGAACUUCCACGGUAUGACGCUCUGGGAUGACAAGUUAAUGUCGAGUAAUCAACAGGCGGGGGCUGCCGCUGCGUUACCGGACAGUCAGUUUCGACAGAGAAUGCGCGGAACAAGCGUGGAAAUGCUGAGCACCACACCAACGAGUCUUAAGAUUAUGACGUUUAACUUGAGAUUUGCCGGCACUGAGGACGGACCGAAUAGUUGGGUAUACCGUAAGGAUCAUGUGGCAGACAUUAUUAAUCGUUACCAUCCAGUGAUCAUGGGCACCCAGGAGGGAUUGAUGAUGCAACUAGCAGAGCUAGAGAGCUUGUUAAAACACCCGUACAAACGCUUUGGUGUCGAGCGCAGUGAAAAUGGUGAGUUUGAGCAGAUAUUUUACGAUGCAGAAGUGCUCGAGCGUCUGGACAAUGGCGACUUUUGGCUUUCGAAAGAACCAGACACACCGGGAACUCGAGGUUGGGAUGCCGCAUGUGUGCGUAUGGUGACGUGGGGCAAGUUCCGUUUGCGUGCUACGCAGCAGGAGCUUUUCUUCUUUAACACGCAAUUGGAUCAUGAGGGUAUGAAGUCACGUGAGAUGAGCUCGAAACUGCUGUGGGAGCGAAUGCAGGAAAUUGCAGGCGAGGCCCCGCUCUUUCUUACGGGCGAUUUUAACACCUACCGCCACACGAGCUUGUACAGCUACUUAACAACUCAAGAGGGUGGACCACAGCUACAUGAAGCUUGGCCAGAAGCGGUGCAGCAGAUUGGGGACGUUUCAUACACGUGGCAUGGCUGGGCUGGUGUUAAGAAUAACGACGAGAAGAAUGCUGUUCGUGCUGCCAACCAUAUUGAUUGGAUCUUCUUUCGUCCCCAGAUGAAAGUGCUGACGACGGAAGUCAUCACUGAAGAUCGCAAUGGCCGCUACCCAUCGGAUCACUAUCCCAUUCAGGCCGAAGUUCUCUUCCCCAGUCCUGCAAAAGUAUCUCCCCCGCAGAAUUAG